CUCGUUGAACACAUUACUGUCUCUGUGUUGCGUUCAAGAGUACCUAGCUGACUGCUGGAGCGGACCUCUUCUGCCAGAGUCUGUGUCCCUCUCCUUCUUAUUGUUGAGAGGGCUUUGCAUUUUAAGGAGCUUGUCGCUGCCCCGGCUGUGAUGGACCGCUGGAGGGGCCGAGUGGCUCUCGUGACCGGAGCGUCGGUCGGGAUUGGUGCGGCCAUCGCUGAGGAGUUGGUCCGGUGCGGUAUGAAGGUGGUGGGCUGUGCCAGGGACGUCAAAAAGAUACAGAACCUGGCAGCUGAGUGUCAACGUGCCGGCCACAGUGGUGUGCUGGUGCCUUUCAAGUGUGACUUGAACCAUGAGGAGGAGAUUCUGUCCAUGUUUGCUGCCAUCAAAGAGCAGCACAACGGGGUGGAUGUGUGCAUCAACAACGCUGGCUUGGCUCACCCAGAGUCUCUGUUAAAUGGGGAAACCAGUGGCUGGAAGAACAUGCUGGAUGUGAACGUUCUUGCAUUGUGUAUUUGCACCCGUGAAGCAUAUCAGUCAAUGAAGGAAAGAAAUGUUGACGAUGGGCACAUCAUAAACAUAAACAGCAUGGGUGGACAUCGUGUAGUUAGCAAUGCUGAUGCACAUUUCUACAUCUCCACCAAGUACGCUGUGACAGCCCUGACGGAGGGCCUGAGACAGGAGCUGCGUGAGGCGAACACCCACAUCAGAGCCACAUGCAUUUCUCCCGGUAUAGUGGAGACAGAAUUCUUUUUGCGGCUCUACAACGAUAAUGCUGAUAAAGCUGCUGAUUUAUUCUCUAAAUCUAAGCCCUUGGAAGCUAUAGAUAUUGCAAAUUCUGUCACAUACGUCCUCAGUGCACCUCCCCAUGUGCAGAUUGGAGACAUUCAGAUGCGAUCUGUGGAGCAGGUGUUGUAGUACGGCACCAUGGGACCGCUGAUUCAGUGUACUGACACAUUCUUCAUCUGACUGGUUUAAGACAAUUAGUAUUUCUGAUCAUGGAAUAACUUUGACAUUUUGUACUUUCCUUUUGUAAGUCUUUUAACUUACAUAAUAAAAUGUCUGAUUUGAAAAUGAAAUUUGUUGCACGUCGACUUUAAUAUCAUACAGAAAUAAAUUAUGUUUC